AUGUUGUCAAACGGGUGCGUGGUGUGCGCACUGAGCCUGGCUCUCCUCCUCGCCUUGGCCUCCAGCCAGAGGAUGGACCCUUCUAAACACCCCGUGGUCACCACCAACUACGGCAAGUUGAGGGGCAUAAAGAAGGACCUCAACAAUGAAAUCCUGGGCCCCGUGGAGCAAUACCUGGGUGUCCCCUACGCCACCGCCCCCAUCGGAGACCGUCGCUUCCAGCCGCCCGAAGCCCCUGGCUCCUGGCAGGAGAUCCGCAAUGCCACCCAGUUUGCUCCUGUGUGCCCCCAGAACGUGCUCGGCGUCCUGCCCGAGAUUAUGCUCCCCGUGUGGUUCACGGACAACCUCGACGUGGCGGCCAUCUACAUCCAGAACCAGAGCGAGGACUGCCUCUAUCUCAAUAUCUACGUGCCCACGGAGGACGAUAUCCGUGACCGCAGGAAGAAACCGGUGAUGCUUUUUAUCCACGGGGGCUCGUACAUGGAGGGCACCGGGAACAUGUUUGAUGCCAGUGUCCUGGCCGCCUAUGGCAACGUGAUUGUGGUGACCAUGAACUACCGGCUGGGCGUGCUCGGCUUCCUCAGCACCGGUGACCAGUCUGCCAAGGGUAACUACGGCCUGCUGGACCAGAUCCAAGCCUUGCGCUGGCUCAACGAGAACAUCGGCCACUUCGGCGGUGACCCCGAGAGGAUCACCAUCUUCGGCUCCGGGGCUGGGGCCUCCUGUGUGAACCUCCUCAUCCUCUCGCACCACUCAGAGGGUCUGUUCCAGAGGGCCAUAGCCCAGAGUGGCACAGCCAUCUCCAGUUGGUCAGUCAAUUACCAGCCCCUAAAGUACACCAAGAUCCUCGCCAGGAAGGUGGGCUGCACCUACACGGAGACAGCCGACCUGGUGGACUGCCUGAGGAGGAAGAACUUUAGGGAGCUGGUGGAUCAGGACAUCCAGCCAGCUCGCUACCACAUCGCCUUUGGCCCCGUGGUGGAUGGAGACGUGGUGCCGGACGACCCCGAGAUCCUCAUGCAGCAGGGGGAGUUCCUCAACUAUGACAUCCUCAUAGGAGUGAACCAGGGAGAGGGGCUGAAGUUUGUGGACGACAGCGAGGACAACGACGGCAUCUCAGCCGCGGCGUUUGACUACACCAUCUCCAACUUUGUAGACAACCUCUACGGGUACCCCGAGGGUAAAGACAUCCUGAGGGAAACCAUAAAGUUCAUGUACACAGACUGGGCAGACAGGGACAACGGCGACAUGCGGAGGAAGACCCUGUUGGCCCUGUUCACUGAUCACCAGUGGGUGGCGCCAGCCGUGGCCACAGCCAAACUCCACGCCGAGUUCCAGUCCCCGGUCUACUUCUACACCUUCUACCAUCACUGCCAGACGGAGACGCGGCCUGAAUGGGCUGACGCCGCCCACGGGGACGAGAUUCCCUAUGUGUUCGGGGUGCCCAUGAUCGGAGCCACGGACCUGUUCCCGUGCAACUUCUCCAAGAAUGACGUGAUGUUGAGCGCUGUGGUGAUGACCUACUGGACCAACUUUGCCAAAACCGGGGACCCGAACCUGCCAGUCCCUCAGGACACCAAGUUUAUCCACACCAAGCCCAAUCGAUUUGAGGAGGUAAUCUGGACCAAGUUCAACUCCAAAGACAAGCAGUACCUGCACAUUGGCCUGAAGCCCCGUGUCAGAGACAACUACAGGGCCAACAAGGUGGCCUUCUGGCUGGAGUUAGUACCCCACCUGCACAGCCUCCACGAGGUGCUCAUCAGUACCAGCACCACCCGCUUGCCCCCGGGUCCGGGCCCUGGCACGCACAGACCUUGGCCCCGAACUCCCGCCCCCCGCUCCACUCGCCACCCCUACCCCACCUUCCCCUCUGACCCGGAGCCCGAAGGCUCGGACCGCCCCCACCAGGACCUGUUCCCGGGGGACACGCGUGACUACUCCACCGAGCUGAGCGUGACGGUCGCAGUGGGUGCCUCGCUCCUCUUCCUCAACAUCCUGGCCUUCGCAGCGCUCUACUACAAGCGUGACAAGCGGCACGAGAUGCGGCGUCACCGGCUGUCCCCUCAGCGUGGUGGCCCAGCCAACGACCUGGCUCAUAGCCAGGAAGAGGAGAUCAUGUCGCUGCAGAUGAAGCACUCGGAGCACGACGCCCACCAUGACAUGGAGCCCCUGCGGCCCCACGACAUCCUGCGGCCUGCCUGCCCGCCUGACUAUACGCUGGCCCUGCGCCGCGCUCCAGACGACGUGCCGCUGAUGACACCCAACACCAUCACCAUGAUCCCCAGCACCAUCACUGGCAUGCAACCCCUCCAUGCCUUCAACACCUAUCCCUCCACUGGCCACAACAACACCCUGCCGCACCCCCACUCCACCACCAGGGUAUAG